AUGAGUGAAUUUACCUCGAUCAAUGACAUUCCGUCUAAACUCAUGCUCUCAAUUCGUUGGACGUGCAUACAGGAACCUGAGCAGACAUUAGACCCACUAGAGGCAGGUGCACAAUUAGAUAUUCUAACCACCAAAGCUAAUCAGCUUAUUCGUCGCUCCAACAACGCCAUGCUGCUCAACGAGCUUGACCCCAUCUGCCGAGUCACGCGAUG